CAGGCUGGACAUCUGUCGCUUGUAAUUUUUUUGCAGGGCUGGUACCUCGGCUAUUGAAAAGAGGCAGUGACCUGUCAUCCCUGACUGAUGGGAGCGACACCGUGUGUGGGAAAAUACCUCAGCCAAAGAGCUCGAGCAUUCACAUGCUAAUUCUUCCCUAUAAAUAAGAGGGGUGCGCCGCGCGGAGGGCCUUACAGACAGAUCCUAGACUCAGCCGGGAGAGGAGAGCUAUACUCCAUAUACAACUAUACCGAGCGUAAAGGAGAGAUGGCAACCAGCGCCAUGGCGCACAACGUGGGGAGACACUCGAGUGCCAAGGAGGAGAGAAAGUUGCGCAAGCCGCUCAUUGAGAGGAAAAGACGGGAGAGGAUUAAUAACUGCUUGGAUCAACUGAAAGAAACGGUCGUCGGGGCGUUCAGUCUUGACCAAUCGAAACUUGAAAAGGCGGACAUUCUAGAGAUGACAGUGAAACACCUGCAGAAUGUUCAGACACAUAAAUUCAGUGCAGACCCCACCUUAGGCCUGGAAGCACAGCAGAAGUACAGCACAGGCUACAUCCAGUGCAUGCACGAGGUCCACAACAUGCUGCUCAGCUGCGAGUGGAUGGACAAAACAUUGGGCUCCCGCCUGCUCAACCACCUGCUCAAAUCCCUGCCCCGCUCAAGCGAAGAGCACCCCUCUCAGGCCAACCCCAACCUCAGGCCCGACGCCCCCCCACCCAGCCAGGGGCCAGGAGACCCCACUACACCCAUCAGAGGGGACCCCAGGUCCGGGAGGCAGGGCCAGAUGGAGGGGCCACUGUGCCAUGUGGUGGGGCCCCAGGACAAGCCCCUGCUCCUGCCUGGGAGCAUGCUGGAGAUGUGGAGGCCCUGGUAGACUAAACCGGCCCUUUUGGUGUGUGCUGGAUCCCUAUGUUAGACCCUCCUCUGUUAUGUAUCUUAUAGAUAUGCUACUCAGAAGACAUUGUUUUGGAUUGUGGGGCGGUUGCGUUUCUGAUCUAGGUGUGGUAUAUAAACAGACCUCUCAGUACUUCCUCUCCGAAGUCUACUUUCCGUAGCCUGCAUUGUAGAAGGCUCUUAUUCAUCUUUUUCUUGGAUUUAUUGUAUUAACAUCUUUAUUUAUUGAAUAAUUAGAUAAAACAUUUAGCUUCUUAGCUCUAGUCACAAAUAGCUUUUGUACUGCUCCCUUUGUUGUAUAUUACUAACCAAUAUUAAUAAAAAUGUGUAUGGCAUUUCUAUAGAUGUUAUAAAUUUUAUUUGUACACACCUGUGCUCGUGCUCGUGCACACGCACACGCACAAAAACACAUACACUUUCUCUCUUAUAUAGAAAUAUGUUUUGAUCCUAUCAACAUGAUGAGAUAAACCCAUGUUAAAAGAUAUGAAUGAUGCUGAGGCCUACAGCUGCUACAGUAUUAUUGUGCAUUUAUAAACAAUUAAAAACUGUGUAAUAUUU